GGGGAGAGUAUAAAAUGUUGUGAGAAGCAGGGGAGAGAGUCUGAGAAAUCAGUGAGUGGAGGAAGAGAGGGAAGUGGAUAAAAUAUUCAGUAAAUUGAAGAGAAGUAAAGGGUUGGUAGAGCAGGGGGGAAGGUUGAAAGGAGGAAAUACGAGAGAGAGAGAAAAGACCUUCAGAUUCAGAGAGGAGGUGGGGAAUUUAAUACAGAGUCUGAUCCCAGGAAAUUCCUCAUGUGGGUGACAGAUUGACGAAGGGGAGGGUGGUGGUGGUGGUGGGGAGGGUGUUGAAGGAGAAGAAUUUGUUUUUAACCAUAGGUUUUAAAGCAGCAGAUUUGAGGAGGGGUUGAAAGGCAACUUAAUUAAUGAAGGAGAGAGGCUUCCUCUUUCUGUUUGUAAAGAGGAAACUGGGUUUCCCUCACACUCUUUCUGAGGCUGUGAAUAAUGGACGCUGAAUCCAUUCUACAUGACAAGAUCGUGGAAUAUAUGAAUGCGUCUGGACACGAUGACCUUAAUGAGGCCGAGCCCCCUAAGAAACUUGUAUUGGAAAAGAACUCCUUUAACCAGACUAAACUCAGCAUCGGUACGUCGAGUAUGAUCGCAGCCAAGCAGCGCAAGCCUUCCACCAGUUAUGAGAAGCAGAAAGAGCAGUGUGUGAAAUACUUCGACCAGUGGACAGAAACCGAUCAGGUAGAAUUUGUCGAGAACCUGAUAUCCCGAAUGUGUCACUACCAACACGGCCACAUCAACUCCUACCUUAAACCAAUGUUGCAGAGGGACUUCAUCACAGUCUUACCAGCCCGUGGUCUGGACCACAUUGCAGAGAACAUCCUCUCAUUCCUGGAUGCCUGGUCACUGUGUGCUGCAGAGCUAGUGUGUAAGGAAUGGUAUCGGGUCAUCUCCGAUGGGAUGCUCUGGAAGAAGCUGAUGGAGAGGAUGGUGCGCACAGAUACUCUCUGGAAGGGGCUUUCAGAACGGAGGGGAUGGAUCCAGUACCUGUUCAAAAACAAGCCCUCCGAUGGUAUUUUGCCUCCAGAUUCCUUCUACAGAUCCCUGUACCCACAAAUUAUACAAGAUAUAGAGACCAUUGAAUCCAACUGGAGGUGUGGGCAUCACGGUUUACAGCGGAUUCACUGCCACAGUGAAACUAGCAAAGGAGUCUAUUGUUUACAGUAUGAUGACCAGAAAAUCAUCAGUGGCCUACGUGACAACACUAUCAAGAUUUGGGACAAGAAUACAUUGGAGUGUAAGAAUGUUCUGACAGGCCACACUGGCUCUGUGCUCUGUCUACAGUACGAUGACAAAGUCAUCAUUACUGGAUCAUCUGACUCCACAGUACGGGUUUGGGAAGUGAACACUGGGGAAAUGCUGAACACGUUGAUCCAUCACUGUGAAGCUGUGCUGCACCUCCGCUUCACAAAUGGAAUGAUGGUCACGUGCUCCAAGGACCGCUCGAUCGCUGUGUGGGACAUGAGCACGUCCACAGAUAUCACCCUACGCCGGGUCCUGGUCGGGCACAGGGCAGCUGUCAACGUGGUAGAUUUUGAUGAUAAGUACAUCGUGUCUGCUUCUGGCGACAGGACCAUCAAAGUGUGGAACACUGGAUCCUGCGAAUUUGUCCGAACGUUGAAUGGGCAUAAGCGAGGCAUUGCGUGCCUGCAGUACAGGGACAGGCUGGUGGUCAGUGGCUCCUCGGACAACACAAUCAGGUUAUGGGACAUUGAGUGCGGUGCUUGUCUGCGGGUCCUGGAGGGUCACGAAGAGCUGGUCCGAUGUAUCCGCUUUGACAACAAACGGAUAGUUAGUGGAGCCUACGACGGCAAAAUUAAGGUCUGGGACUUGGUGGCUGCGUUGGACCCCCGAUCGCCAGCUGGGACACUUUGCCUGCGGACUUGGUGCUCGAUUCCUGAGCAUUCUGGGCGAGUGUUCCGGCUUCAGUUUGAUGAGUUCCAGAUCGUCAGCAGCUCUCACGAUGACACCAUCUUGAUCUGGGAUUUCCUGAAUGUGCCCUCCGAGCAGGGCGAUGGUUCGCAGUCAGCACCUCGCACCUAUACCUACGUGUCCAGAUAGGUGGAGACGCCUGGUUGGACCAGGAACGAUGCCCAAAAGAAGUUCAGCUUUUAGGCAGUGAAUAUACAACAAACCUGAGCCACCCAUUCAUACAAUGAAGUGAUCGCAUUGAAGGGGUACGAGGGUCAGUGUGGCAUCGGCUGAGUGAAGAGUGAGAGCAUUUUCGAUAGAGGAUAACCUCAUUCCUGCCCCUGCCACGCACAUACAUCAUUGCAUCAGUGAAAGAAGUUUGAACUGUAUCUCCAACCAUCGCAAAGUAACCCAGCCCAACCCAGUUAAUUUUGUACAUUUGUAGGGACUGAAAACUUGAAGGAAGCUUAAAGACAGAAGGCAAAACUGAGCAUCGUUGCAAAGGGAAGUACCAGCAGGGCCCUCGGAAUCAGUGACUGCUUGUGCUGAAGUGACCAAAUCCGUAUUGUUGUACUUCUGUGCUCAUCCCCAACCCCCCCAGCUCCCCCACUACCGCCCCCCCCCCCACGCCAGUUCCUCUGGCCCUGGAGUGAGGUGGGAGGGUGAUCCUGCUCCUCCCAUCUCUCUCUCGUCACCCUCUUCCAGGUUAAAUGCAGACUCAAGCCUCCCCGUGAGGCUCUGAAUAAAACGGUGCUGCUUACAGCAGGAAGCUUGGAUUGGAAGAGGUACUCCCUCCCCUGAUGACUAGUUUCCUCAGUGCAAACAGCACCUUGCGUACCCGGCAAGUACACUUGAUGGAGCUGCAUUGUCAUUGAUACAUUUGGCUCUGUCCUUUCAAGAAUUGAGAUGUCACCUUGUACCUGCCAGAGGUAGAGAUCUGGGACCAGGUUGGAUACUGAUCUGCACUGAACCUCGGGAGUCCCAGGGCACUCUACACCCUGAGCUAGCCGGAGAUCAGGGAUUCGCCUUGCGCCUGGGACCUGUGGCUCGAUAUCUGCUGCAGUGUGACCAUGCAACCCCUGAGCUCUGUGGCUCGGCAGCCCGGGAUCAGAUAGCAGAGUCACUGCUGGACCCCUGGAAGUGCCACUUUGUCCUGGUGAGAGGGCACUCCUACCAUGACCCCAUACCCAAGGACUGUUUAAAUGAGUGGCCCUGGGGAAAAGGCUGGUACAUGUACCCCAGUCGGGAGCCAACGUACUGAAAAUGGGCAUACCAAUCAAAGACAACAGUGUAGAUCUGGUCUCAGUGCUGCCUCAGUCCCCACCAAUGAUGUUAUAUAGUUGUAUGCCAUCACCUACCUUCUGACAGCAGGGGAGCUAUUGUGUUGAUUGAAACCAAUGUGCAAUUUUAGUUACUUUUGUACAGUUUCUGUACUGUAUAGCACCUUUUCUGUUUUGGUUUAGUUUAAGCAGUACCCACUUUCCGUUCAUGCAUCAACAAACUCUGGGCCUUUUGAAGUUGAAACCUCGGCAUUGUCUUGUGAGGAUGGGUUUGUGUUGUGGGAGAACGGGUUUGGUUGUUAUUUCUGCCGCUGCUCUAUCUCUUUCCUGCACCCCCCGUGGCACUGCAUUGGGAGUGGCUGAGGACCUCGGGUCCCACCCUCCACCAUCUUCUGGGAAAGGUGGCGUUUGAGGUUCCCCCAUCCCCACUGCCAGAAGAUGUUAGCAAGCCUGGAUUCCAUCACUUCUGCAGUGAGCUGGGUUUGAGGAAGAGCUAUUGAUUCUCUGUAGAGGACACCAGGAUUGUAGGCGAUCACUACAGAGAAGAAAGCAGUAGAGCUGGAGGGGAUUGCAUGGUCACUGUUCACCUGGGUGAUGGAAGAACUUUUGGUUCAAGCAAGGGUUAGCACCAAACCAGAGUUGUUGCUUGGACCCAUUUCUCUUCUGAAUGUUCCACCAUCGCUCUGUUCCCACAGGGUGGACGGCUACCAUCUGUGCCCGUUGGUCGAACAGUGCCUGUGUUUGUAACAAGGGCCAGUCCUCCGUGGUCUGCCCCACCACAGCCCUGGUUUUAUUUUUAUUUUGGGUUACAACUUUUCUUUUCGUUACUUGACUGUGGCUUUGGUAGUGAGUUGUGCUAAUUUUCUACUUUUUCUUAUUUUGUUCUGUGGAUUAUUUAUGUAGUCUUUUUAAAAACAAAAAUGCAUUCUUUAAGAGAUGUGGUUUGUGAUUAAAUUGCAGUUUAUCAUUCCCCUGACUUGCAAGGA